AUGCAAACAGCUCCGGAGAAUUGGCCGGCGAAGACUUUGAAUGGGUACAAGUUAGAUCUGUUCGGGAUAUACAGGCAAGUCGUCGCUCGCGGCGGAUGGGGCGAGGACGAAAUCACGUGUAAAAGAAAAAUCAACUGGAGUCGCGAGAUUUUUCCAAAGUUGGCGAAUUUUACGAGCACGCACAAAGCGACCAGCGUUGGGCACGACUUGAUCACGAGUUAUAAAAACUAUUUGCACUCGUACGAGAGAAAGUACGCGGACGUGGACUGUAACGCGGACGAGAGCAAGGAGAGAGAGCUGGUGAACUCGAUUCAGAGGAAUACGCCGAGAGCGGGCGUCACCGGGACGAGGUCGCCGGGACAGACUUCGAAGAGGAAACCAGUCGGGAGACCGAGAGCGUCGAAUUUGGCCAGUGGUGGUGGUGUUAGUGGCAACGGUAGCGGUAGCGGCGGUGGCGGCAACGCCGUUGCCGCGGCGACUGCACCCGUCGCCCCUUCGAGAGGAGGUGGCCGUAACCGCGGCGGAGCGAGGAGCAAACCAAAACGCACGUUCCCGGACGGUGCGAAGAUUAAAGUAUUUUGGCCCAAGGAGAACGAUUGGUUCUUUGGCACGAUUGUUCAGCAAGAAUACAUGCCCGCGGAUGGUCAAACGUAUUCGAAAAUUGAAUACGAAGAUGGCGACGAGGAGGUUUUGAAUUUAGCGAACGAGAAAGUUAAAUUACUCGACGAAAAGAGUGACGACGACGACGACGACGACGACGAUGGUUUAGUCUACGUCCCGAGACCAACCGCAAGAAGACGAGGCGCGGCGGAACCUUCGCGCGCACCUUUCGCCGCGGACACCGCUGCUUUAAUCAACGCCGCGACUGGUGACUUCGGAGACGAGUCUGAUAAAGAGGAAGAGAACAAAGACGAAGGACGACGAAGAACGCGCUUGAACGGCGCCGAUCCGAACGCUCCAGAACCGCCGCCGCCGAAAGAACGCGUGGAGAUUGUGGAGGAAAUGAUGGAACAUCACAACGCCGCUAGAGUUCUCGCAGAGUUGCCUAACGAGUUUUGCACGGAAGAUGAAACGUAUAGAUUAGGUUAUCGCAUGGGUUUACGAAGAAUGGCAAAAGUUUCCACCGCGAUGUUGAUUGAAAAGAUGCAAAAAAUGCUCGUGGCAACCGGCGGCAGAGAGGAUGAAGCGGCGAAAGCGGUGAGCGGCGAAAGCGUGCUCGAUGAAUUCUUCGACGACGGUAAGACGCUCGUCUCGAAGGAAAAAGCGCAGGCGUUGUUCAACGCGCUCAUCGACGCUGCGUACACUCCAGAUAAAGAUGCGGCAUCGUACGACGCGAAAGGCGAACCGGCGAUGCCGAAACGCGCGCCAGAGCCGGAAGAUCCAGAGAAUAUGCCUGGGACGGUCAAAGAGGAAGAAGAGAACGCGGACGAGAACGCCGAGGAGAAGAAGAAGGAAGAUGAUGGCAGCGGCGGCGGCGGUGGUGGAGGCGGUAGUAGUGGUAAUGGUGGCGAUGAUAACGACAACAACAAAGGACCCGGACCAUCAUCUGACGGCGGCGGUAACGCUGGCGGCGAUCAGAAACCAGACGACACCAAUAAAGACAACGAACACAACGGCGGUAAUAACGGAGAGAAUGAGGACGACGACGCGGGAGCGACUGGUUUUCACGCGUCUAUGUUAGCCGAUAAAAUGGAUAUUGAUAUUCCCUCGCCGACGAAGGAAAAGAAAGAGGAGCUGAAGAAGGAAGAAAAGCCGGUUGUCGCACCUACUCGAAAUUCUGGUCGACAACGCACCGUCUCCAAGAAGGUUUUAGAAGCCGUCCAAGAAGGUUUGAUGAAAUCUCCGGUGAAAUUGCCGCCACAAGUGGGUGCAGUAGAACCGGCUUCAAAGCGAGCAAAGACUGAGAAUUUCGCCUCAAUGCGAACCAUGCAAACGUCCGUGGCGCACGGUGGCAUGGAGAAGCGCAAUCCGAACAAGAACGAAACUUCGACAGCUUCUCCGUCGCGCCCAGUCAAAGCUACCGAAACGCAAGCAACGGCGACCACGAACGAGAAAGAGGAAGAAAAAAACGCGAAGAAGAAACCGGCACCGGCGGCACCAGUACAAGUUGAAGCUCCAGUUACCGAGGACGGCGACGAGUUCGUCCCUUUACCUCCGGUGCCGGGUCCGCCGGAAUGGACAGGUCCCGUUCCCAAGGUGAGUAACAGCGACCCGGAAUACCUUUUGCACCAACUGAAAGUAUUCAUUGCCAAAUCCGGAGCCGUUCUCGACCGCGCUUGGCGCGUGACCGUCGCCAUUCGCACGCAAGGUGCAUCCGCGGGAUCGUACGACGCGACGUAUUGGGCCCCGGACAACAAGCGGUACAGAAGUCGCUUGGAGGUUGCUCGAGCGGUUGGCGUCGCCCCGUGGGUGGCGCCAAAAAAACCGAAAGGCCAACCGCGGAAACCUCGCGACCCGAACGCCCCGAAAAGAUCCGCCGCCGGUCCCGGACGAUCUCGAGGUGGUGCUGGCUACAACUUCCGACGCCCGCUCGACUCCUACCCAGUCGUCGAACUCAAAACGCCGCCGCCGCCUCCAACCCAACGCGUGCUGUGCGAACUCCUCGGCGACGGUACCGCCGUCCGAUGGUUAGAAAAGCACGGUUUGGGCGAACACGCCGCGGCUUUUGUCAUGCACGGCAUCAUGCGCAAGAACCAGCUCUUCGCGCCGUUGUUGAUGCAAGACAUGGAAAACUUUGGUUUAGAUUUAGAAACUGGCGCGAAAGCGUUGAAGUUCAUCGAAGAAACGCGACAAAACGCUUCCUCGUCCGCGCUCACCGUCGAACAACUCACGCCGGUUCCGUUCGGUCGACGCGUCACCUCGGAGGUUUUCUGCGACGGCAGAGAGGAGUAUUACGACCCCGGGACGUUUUUGUUCGACGAAUCUGAACUUUGCGGACGAGGUCAGAUCGGCGCGGCGAACCCGCUGUUCGGCUUGAUCCGAGCAUAA